CGCGCGUUCACCUCGAUGGACCGCUCGAGGAGGGAGAAUGACUCGUUCUCUAAACCGAUACUUUACGACAGUAAACAGCUCCUGGAGCUCGAUCUGGACUACUUGGAAAGGAGAGGAGGCGAGACAAUAACCUGUGAAAACACCGAAAGUGGAUCGAAAGAGGAAGAAAGCCCCGCAGACACUCUGGAUCGUGUCAAAGUUGUGUUUCUCGGUGCACCUAGGGUGGGAAAGUCCAGCAUAAUUAGGCAAUUCGUGUGGAGCGAAUUCUCCGAGGAAUACAAGCCGACCGAACGCAGAGAGACUUUCUAUCCAAGCGUGGUACUCGCCGAUCGAUUGUACGAGCUAAAAAUCACAGAUCUACCGACGAUCCCGUACUUUCCAAUCAAUUCACAUCUCGAAUGGACAAAGUUUCGUUACUACGGUCUGCGAAGUGCGAACGCUUACGUGCUCGUAUUCGACCUCAGCAAUCAAGACACGUUUGAGUACAUUAGAGCGUUACGAGAUCAAAUCUACGAGGCACGAGACAUGAGGGGAGUACCGUUAUUGGUAGUCGGGAACAAGCAAGACGAAUUGUCGCCUGCGGCUGCUUCCGGAACUCGCUACAGGGACAUCGUUAAUCUCGUCCGGAAGCACUGGCGAUGCGGCUACGUCGAAUGUAGCGCCAGAUUUAACUGCCGCGUCGUACAGGUGUUUCGAGAAUUGAUGAAGAAUAUCCAAGCGGUAGAAGGCAGACCACCUUCCCCUACACCCGCCCCCUCGCAACCUCUACGCUCUCAUCCACACGACACCGGAGAAAAGUGCAUUCUUCUCUGA